AUGUUGCUGCCGCUGCUCGCCACCUUGUUCUUCCUGGCGAUGACGGCGUCCCCUUCGCCGUCCCCACACGCUGCUUCCGUCGUCGAGCUGCGUCCGGAGUCGCCGCUGCAGUCCCAGCGCGUACUGUACGGCGAGCCGCAGCUGUACCGCGUGUUGGAUCUCGAACCUGACAAAGUUUACGACAUCAAAGUGUCGUACCCAGCGACGCAGCCGUCGCUCUUCUCGCUGCAGGUGGAGCAGGUCCUGCUGCCGCUGCCUGUGGUGAGUGAAGAUAAAUUUGACGUUAGUACUGCAAAUAUUGCGGGAAAUGUCAAGAAAAGCAAGAUCAUGCCAGCUCGACGUCGGGUAUUGAACACGGCCAAGCUUCGGCUCCACCCGAGGGAGAUGGAGACGCACAAGUCGGUGCGGUACCGUCUCGAGCCCUCGGGGGCGGCCAUUGAAGUGGAAUUUUCACUUAUUGCAAAUGUGGAGGGAGUCCGACGACCCGACUCGAAGCUGAAGGUUGACGAGUGUGUGUUCGACAUUGUGGUGGAGGAGAUGCUGCUGGAGGCAUUCCCCAGAGACACACUGGUGCUCAUCGGCUGGCUGGUGAUGCUGCUGGCUGUGAGCGCAAAGUGGGUCUUUCCGUAUUUGGAGAAGAAAAUUCCACUUGGAUGUGUGGAGGACCGAGUGAAGGGAGCAGAAACUAAAGAAUCGUAG